UUGUGAGAACGCUAGAAAGAACGCCGGCUGGCUUUGUGACACUGUCGUGAAACGAAAAACGGCCAUCGUAUUUUUCGGCCCCGCCUGCUGCUUCUGUUCUCUGGGCGGCGAGCGGCUGGGGGAGUGAGGAGAGAAUGUUCGGGGGCUCCGAGGAAGAUGACGCGGACUUCCUGUCUCCGACAGGCGGUGCCAGGUUGGCCUCUCUCUUUGGACUGGAUCAAACAGUUACAGGCGCUGGAAAUGAAUUUUUCCAGUACACAGCACCCAAACAGCCUAAAAAGGGCCAGCCAGCUACUGCUGCUGGUCCAGCAUCACAGAAGUCACCUACUCCCACACCCUCUUCAGGAGCACCAUCUGUCUUCAUUGCUACAGCUGUACAUGCAUAUCGGUUUGCAAACGGGCAGUAUGUGAAACAAGGCAAAUAUGGAGCAGCUGUAGUGGGGAACCACUCGACCAAAGAGUACAAGAUCCUGCUUUAUAUCAAUCAGCAGCAGCAGGUCACAGCAGCCAGGAUCCAUUCAGGUUUUGUACUCACGGUCCAGCCCAACAAUUACAGUACAUUUUAUGAUGAUCAGAGGCAGAAUUGGUCCAUUAUGUUUGAGUCAGAAAAGGCAGCCAUGGAUUUCAGUAAGCAGCUGUGCAUUGCCAAAUAUAACAGCGUUCCGUCCCCUGAUUCGGUGCUGCAUCAGGAUCUGAUUGCUGGAGAAGGCCAAGGUGUGGAAACAGGAGACUCCUUGGAGGUUGCCUUUACGGGCUGGCUGUUCCAGAACUAUGGACUAGGACAGGUGUUUGACUCAAAUGUCAACAAAGACAAGCUCUUGCGUCUGAAGUUGGGCUCUGGCAAAGUCAUAAAGGGUUGGGAAGAAGGGAUGAUUGGCAUGAAGAAAGGAGGAAGGCGCUUUCUCCUUGUUCCACCAGCACUGGCUUAUGGGCCGCAGGGAGUAGCCAAUCGCAUUCCCCCAGACUCGACCUUGGCCUUUGAGGUAGAAGUCAAGCGGGUGAGGCUUGUGAAGGACUUGGGCUCCAAUGAACAGAACCUAGGCCACAGGGAUUCUCUUGUGCCUUCCCCUGGACCAAACCAAGAAAAUCUCUGCAUGGAUCCAGCAGGGUUGCUUCCUUCAACACUACCUCCAAAACCAGGGGAGCCUGCAGUGAGAGUGAAAUCCAACUCCAUCAGUGAACAGCUAGCGAAUCCUGACGUAGCGAAAGCAAAGCUGAUUUCACGGAUGGCAAAGAUGGGGCAGCCCAUGUUGCCUUUCCUUGCAGGCACAGCUCCAGCUCAGCUUGACUCAAGUGAUUCAGAGAUGGAGGACCCAAAUUCCUUGCGAGGAGCAGCAGCACAGCCAGUGGCAUGCUCCCCCUUGAAGCCAUCCCCUCAGACAACCCUGCCUCAGAUGACGGCAAAUGUGGCUCAGCCUGCUGUUUCGGGGCUGCAGAUGUCCUCCAGUGCCAUAAUGCCUGCAGCCCUUCAGUCGCAUUCUGCUGUUCCCGGGACAGCCCAAGCUUUUCAGCCAUAUGCAGGGGUGACGUCUGCGUACCCACAAGCCACUACUGCAGCUUCUCAGCUCCAACCUGUUGGGCCAAUGUACCCCUCUCCUUUUCAAGCUGGAGACAUUGGUUCAUUCCUGAUGACAGAGGCCAGGCAGCAAAACACAGAAAUCCGCCUGGCUGUUGGCAAAGUGGUCGAUAAAUUAGAUAAUCUGGCAGACAAGGUGAAUGAGCUACAGAAGCAGAACUCCAGCCACAGUUUAUUGCCAGGGAGCUCCUCUGUUACCAUGGAAACAGCUAUGAUCAUGAGCAACAUCCAGCGCAUCAUCCAAGAGAAUGAGAGGCUGAAACAAGAGAUUUUUGAGAAGAGCAGCCGGAUUGAGGAGCAAAACGAGAAGAUUAGCGAGCUGAUUGAUCGCAACCAGAGGUACGUUGAGCAGAGCAACCUCCUGAUGGAACAGAGGAACACCUCGCUGCAGAUGAGCAAUGAGCAUACGCAGGCAAGGGUCUUGCAUGCUGAGCAGGAGAAGGUCAAGGUUGCCGAGGAGCUGGCAGCUGCCACGGCGCAGAUCUCCCGGCUUCAGCUGGAGCUAACCGAUCACCAGAAGAAAGAGAUGGAUUUGCGCUCCCAGUUGAACACGGCCCUGAAGGAGGCGGAGAGACAUGGCACACAGCUCAACCAGCUGCAGGCCCAUCUGGCUGAGCUUCAGCAAUCAUCUGAGGAUGCCCGGAGCAAAUUCCAAGUGGAGAAGCAAAGCCGUAGGCAGCUGGAUGCCAAGCUGGCAGCCCUGGAAGAAGAGCUUUCUGACCUUCGUGUGGAAAAGGAGAAUCUGGAGAAGAACCUGGCUGAGAGGAAGAAGAAAUCCCUCUCGGAGAGAGCACAGGCUGAAGAAGAAAUGGAUGAGAUUCGUAGAUCCUACCAGGAGGAGCUGGACAAACUCCGGCAGCUGCUGAAAAAGGCUCGGACAUCGACUGACCAAGCAGCUUCUGAGCAGCUUUCUCUUAUGCAGGCGGAGCUGGAAUCCCAGUGGGAAGCCAAAUGUGAGCGUAUGCUGAGCACUGCCAAAGAGCAACAUGCCCGCCAGUACCAGGAAGUGUGUGAGCAGAGAGAUGCCCAGCAGCAGAAAGUGUCCCAGCUGGAAGAGAAAUUAUUGCAGCUGAAAACCACAAGGAGUUCAGAGGAUGAGAAGCUCUCUGCGUUGCAGGAGCAGUUGGAACAGCUUGAGCCUGUGAAAAGCAAGUACUUAGCCUUACAGUCCCAGGUAGCUGCUCUCAAGGCCCACUAUGAGGAACAGAUCCAGGAAUUUGAAAAGCAUCAUGGAAGGUCUUCACCUGUAGACUCCACUGAAGAGGUAAAGAAGAUCAUGAACCGGGUGUUUCAGUCUCUGCGGGGCCAGUUUGAGCUAGAGGAGUCCUAUAUCGGCAGAGAAGUUCUAGGCAUUGUAAUGAACACCAUCAAGACAGUAACGCUGCAGCUGCUGGAGAAGCAUGAGGAGAGGGGAGAGAGCAGCAGUGAAGAGGAUGUGCAGUCCCGUUCUGAGAGGAAAAGGGCAAGCCCUGCGGGCCCAGAUAAGGAGCCCAGAAGCUCUUCUCCACACAACCCACCACUCUCCGUGCCUACAGUUCCCCCUGACCCUCCAGAGAAGGCAUUGGCUCAACUUCCUCCUGCCUCUCUUGAAGGAGGCCAGGGCAGCCUGGCUGUUGCAGUGGACGAGGCACAGGCCUUGGAAUCACAGAGAGAACAGAUGCCCUCAGCCUUUAAUCAGACCACAGAGUCUAAUACAAAGCGGGAAGUCCCAGAGCUGGCCAUUGAGGAGGACGGACACUCGAGUUGCUCUGAACAGAAUGAAACCCACACAGUACAUUCAGCACUCACUGCAGCAGGAACGCCAGACCCUUCCAAGCCAGCAGCAGACGAGGCAGAGCACAAGGCAGAAGAACCCACCCUGGCCCUGAAUAGAGGAGGGGAGAGUUGCCUGGAUGUUCCACACCAGGAUUCUGAAACUGCCACUGCAGCCGAAAAGUGCGGCUCAGCAGAAACGCAGCAAAGAGCAGCACCCAGACCUCCUCAAGUAGAUUCUGGCCUCCAUGAAGACCAGAGCAGUAUGUCUAAAGCUGUAACUCGAAAGCCUCACAUAUCAGGAGGGCCACUGGAAGAGGAUGAGGAUGAAGAAUUGAGCAUGAAGGGCCGGCCUCCUCCAACCCCCCUCUUUGGGGAGGAGGAGGAUGAUGAUGAUGACCUGGAUUGGCUUGGGUGAACAACUGGACGAACAACAUGGCGAGACUUUGUGCAGGUGCAAAAUGAUUGAGCAGCCGUGGCCUGAAAUGGAUGGGACUGUUGUAGUGGAGUUCCCUGGAUUGCUUAUUUGGGGCAGGGCAGCCUCUGCAAGUUGCUGACCUUUACCUCUAUGGUGUGGGAUUGAAAACCCUGUCUGUGUGCCCCGACUCCUGUGAGCCUGGACUGAUUCAAGAAGCCAGCCUCUCUCGCUCUCUCCUGCAUGCACACAUCGGUCCUGCUAAUCCUACUUAUGCAAAUAAGGAGAUGGAGGAGGGGCUGGGAGUGUGGCCUCCCCGCUGCAGGAUUCCCUCUCCACUUGAACGUCAAUACAAAGACUCAGAAGUGUUCAGCUUUUCCCCUCCAGCUCCCUGGACCUUGGAUGCUUUUUGCAAACAUUCUGUAAUUCCAAACCCAUGCCUCUGCAUACUUUGGCUGCAGGCAGGUGUAGGUUGGCUAGGAUCAUGGGCCAGUUCCCUGUGAUGCCUUGCUUGCACAUCGAGGGGGUGGCAGGGGGUAAUUUAGUUAGCAUUUUGAUCUGCUUUCUGUCUGGUGCUGCAGGAGGGUCCAGCCCUUUGGCACUGGCAGUUCCUUAAGUGCCCACUCCAUGCUGGGAAUCUAAAUUGCUAGAGGCCUCUGAAAGGUAAGAGACAGCAUGCAUGGGUGAUCCCUGCUAUUAUUUUCCUGGAUGAGAGGUAGUGAGUGCUGUUCUCUUGGCCUCAGGCAUAUUUCUGCUGACCUUUAAUCCUCUUCAGAUAGCCUGUCCCAGUAACCUGAGUAUGUUUGUGUGUGUGUUGGGGGGGAAAGAGCAUCUGUGGUUUACCAGCAAACCUGGUGAAAUGUUAAACUAGUCCUGGCUAGCCUUUCGCCUUCAAGUUGUUAUGCACAGCACAAGUCAUUUUGACCUCCAGUGUAAAACAGCCUGUUCUAAGAAGAGAUUUCAGGGCCUUCCUUGCCUCUCUGAGGGCCCCCCCCCCCCCAUAUGAACCUUCCUGAUACACGUGUCUAGGGCAGAUGAUUGAAUUUUCACCUGGCAUAUGGGACCAGCUGUUUACCUUGUCCUUGCAGCACAGAGCAGUAUUCAGAAUGAACUGCUACACAUGUACCUUUUCGGAGUAUGUUGGAUAUUACAGUCCAGUCCAGGCAGUCCAACAAGAGUUUGGGAUGUUCACCCUGCAAGCUUGUUUCAGAAACUCACGAUGACGCAAAGUGGAUUUCCGCCAGUUCCAAUUGUCCAGUCAUAUGAUCAUGCACAUAACUCACCUGUGGCCACAUAGAACUAUUUUGGAAGCUGCAUCAACAGGAUAACCAUGACUUAUGCAUUGGACUCUGGUACAUAAUGGUGUUUUGUUUUUGCUGUUCUUGGAUGAGGGGAGUCAGCAUCCUUUAUUCAAGGGGUGAAUGGAUAUUUUAAAUUUGUUAUUCAACCUGGCAUACUAACUCUGAUAUUUUAUUCCAAGAGUGGUUGCUGCUUUUCUCCCCCCCCCCCCCACCAAUAAUACUUGGCUUUACUUGAUGGGGGGGGGGAACCCACUCUGCAUUGGGAAACAGAGCACUUUCAAGGAAAUGAAAGUUUUUGAAUUUGUGUGGCUUAAAACAAGCCAGGUCCCAUGUUAUCUCAACACUUGUCAUGGUCGCAGAUGCUCUGUGUUGCCCUCUUGGCCUCAUGGGUAAGCACGGUAUUGAGGAACCUGGAAGUGAAACUUACCAGUGCCCA